AUGAACGUCGUCAACCGGGCGAUUGACAGGUUGAAGAAAGCAGAAACCCUCAAACGAAAGGAUGCAGUGACCGCAAAAGCUACAGAUGCCACGAUGGCACGUUUCUACAGUCUGCCUAAAGUGCAUAAGCCGGGUGUGCCCCUUCGCCCCAUUGUCACGUUACGUGGCACUCCGAAAGUUGGACUAUCGAAAUGGCUCUACCAGCGGUUUCGCUUCCUCACCGAAGGCUCCGAAUACACAGUGAAGUCGGCUGAAGAAUUUCUGAGGAACAUCAGACAUCUAGAAGUAGAUUUAGACGAGGUAAUGGCGUUGUUUGAUGUGGUGUCAUAA